CAGAAUUAAACGUCAGUCAAUAAAAUCGAGCGGCUGAGUGAAUUGCUUGAUUUGUUUAGUUUUAUAAUUUGUAAAAGUACGGUCAGAUCUUACAAUUUCAUACAAUAUUCUAGAAUAAACCCGUACCAUACUAAUAAUGCAGUUGCUUUUGUUUCUGUCUAUAUCUUUAAUUGUACCUUCUACGUAUCAAGCUGCAACAUCCCAUGGUUCGGUCGAAUUAGAUGAAUAUUCUUUUGAUAAAAUUACUGGAAAGUUUGAAGCUUCACUCAUAAAAUUCGAUGUGGCUUUCCCAUACGGUGAUAAACACGAUGCUUUCGUGGCGCUCGCAAAAGACGCAAAGGAUGUGGAUGAACUUUUAGUCGCCGAAGUCGGAGUAAAGGAUUACGGUGAAAAAGAUAAUGAAGAAUUAGCAAAGAAGUACGGGGCUACGAAAGAUAACUUUCCUGUCGUAAAGUUAUUUGUCAAAGGCAAAACAGAGCCAAUAGCAUUUGAUGAUAUCAAAGGUUUUACUAGUGAUGAACUACGGCGGUUUGUGCGGGAAAAUACCGGCUUGUACCUCAGCUUACCAGGAUGCGUACGAGAACUAGACAAACUCGCCACUAAAUUUAUAAAAGCCAAAACAGACGAGAGGAAAAAACUGUUUGCUAAAACUGAAGAAGUUCUGACAAAUUUGAGAGAAAAGGAUACUGUAUCUGGAAAAAUAUAUAAAACAAUAAUGGAGAAAGUUCUAGAAAAGGGUGAUGAUUUUGUUAAAUCAGAGAAUGAUAGAGUGAAAAAAUUACUAAGUGGUAAAAUAUCAGAGGAAAAGAAAAAAGAACUUGGCAUGAGGCUUAACAUUCUACAGUCAUUCCAGAUUUUUGAUAAAAAUGGAAAACAAAACAAGGAAGACCUGUGAUUAACAUAACAAGGGACUUUACAGUAAUUUAUUAGAUAUUACCACUGUGCUCAAAAGAUUUCAUAACUAUUUUUUUUCAUUCUAUUCAUUAAAUUUAAGUUAAUAAUGUCACAAUUUUUGACAUAUCAAUUAGGGCAUGCAAGUUUCUUGUCAAUUUUAGUAUAAGCCACAAUUUAUGAUCUAUAUUGCAAGUAUGACAUUGGUGUUAAUUCAGGUGUGAUUCUCUAUCUUGAAACUCCAUUUAACCAGUCUCUCCUUGUCAUUCUGUAUAGAGAAUGAAUACACUUAUCAAAUUUAAGUUUAGAUUUAGACAAUCAUGCUAGAAUCAACACUUAGCAAUAUAUAAUUUACAAUGCUGUAAUUUCCUAGCCAUUUUUUUCUACAUUCCAAAUGGUAGGCCAA